AAUUACAGCUAGAAAAAUGCUACGAGAACUUUCCAGUGAAGGAAGCCGAAGACGACGACUGCAAGGUUAAGAUACUACCAGUCAGGAAAAGACUUGAAGUGGAAAUACUACGCUCCUCCAUGUAGCCUAGACUACCACUCGCAAUCACAGAACCUCUGCUUUUCGCUCUAACGAUCGCCACUGAUCGAAAGAGAACAAGGAUCGAGAGAAUUUUGAAUUGAAAAGGAAAAAGAACGGAGAAAGAGGAUAAUGGAUCACGACUUCUUUAUCGCACCGCCGGUGCCGGACCUCCAUGUGGCUUCGCCGUCGACGCUCGGCAUGGAGUCCGCCGAACCUCAUGCCGUUGAGAUCAUCCUCAACUACCGGUUCAGGGACAAGCAGCUGCUUGUUGGAGCGUUAACUCAUCCUUCUUACGCCGGCGGCUCGGUUUCCUACCAGCGGCUCGAGUUCAUCGGCGAUGCUGCGCUCGGCCUCGCCUUCAGCAAUUACGUGUUCCUAACUUAUCCUGAGCUCGAACCUGGCCAGAUGUCGCUGCUACGUGCCGCGAAUAUCAGUACGGAGAAACUCGCGCGCGUCGCCGUCAAGCACGGCCUAUAUGCUUUUGUUAAGCGCAAUUCUACUGCUCUUGAUGACAUGGUAUUUUCGAUGUUUCCUUUUCUUGCUUAUCAAGAAGAUAAUGCUGUUUCCUAUGGCGGGUUAAUGAAAGCACCAAAGAUUCUUGCCGACAUUGUAGAAUCUCUCGCUGCUGCUGUUUACGUAGAUGUCAAUUUUGAUUUGCAAAGGCUAUGGGUGAUCUUUAGGGGUCUAUUGGAGCCUAUUGUCACACUGGAAGAUAUACAGCAGCAGCCUCAGCCCGUGACACUACUUUUUGAGUUCUGUCAAAAGCAUGGGAAGCAACUUGAUUUUGUUUUCCGGAAAAACGAGUCAAAAAUUAUUGCUAGCGUCUAUGUGGAUGGUGCCUUAGUUGCCUCUGCAUCUUCCAAGCAGAAGGAAAUUGCAAAACUUUCUGCUGCAAGGGAAGCUUUGCAUAAGUUUUCACAAUCUAUCCACGCUAGUGAAAGGAUGUUUGGUACCAAUGAUGGGAUUGAUACAAAUUUUGAGAAUGGAGGUGCCAAGCAGAAAUUACAUGACCUAUGUGGCAAGAAGAAGUGGGCAAAUCCUAAUUACAGCAUUGAGAAAGAUGAUGGUCCACCUCACAAGAAGAAAUAUGUAUGCUCAGUUAAAAUUCCAACUGCAGAUGGUGUGCUGUAUAUGAUGGGAGAUGAAAAGUCCCGAGUAAAGGAGGCAGAAAACUCUGCAGCAUCUUUGAUGAUCCGUUCCCUACAAGAAGCCAAGUUUCCGUAGCUUUGGCACUAUUUGGAGGCAAUCAAGGAACAAGGUGAACAGGAUAGAUACUGUCAGCAUGGUGACUCACAAUGUAGGAAGCUCCUCAUGGAUUCCUCCCGCACCAGGUAUCUUCAAGUCGAAUUUUGAUGCCUCAAUGGAACAGAGCGGUUGGACGGUUUAGAGCAUAGUAUAUAGAAGCUUGCGGAGGAAUGUAAUUGUUUCUGGAACGCAAAAAAUCUUAUUGCCAAACUCUGUUGUAGUGGCAGAUAUUCAUGCUAUAAUGAAUGGGUUGGAGAUAGCACAAAGCACGGGCGUCCACGGUAUUAUGGUAGAAGGUAAUUCACAGCUUGUUUUUUAAAGUAUCUCUACAACAGUCAAAACACUCUUCAGAGGCUGAAUAUUAUUUGAUUACUUGUUUUGUUCUUUUGUAACCUUUGUUUCGUGUUGGAUUCUUAGAUUUUGUGAUCAGGUUGCUUAUAUCUUUGUUCAGAGAACAUUAAGAAUUCCUAUUAGUUUUAUGAUUGUAACCGAGACACCCUUAUGUUUUACUCCUCUCUCAAAGCUGCGCCACGUAUAAUAGUUUUGUGAA